UUUUUUUUGUAGUUCGGACUGCUUCCUACUCUGUAAAUGGCUGUUGCUGUUGAGUAGUGUAUAAAUAAAUAAUAAAUACAUUUUUUAGGAAACGGUGGGAACUUUCGUUGAAGUAUCUCAAUGAUAUCGACAGAUGAAAUCUCUAAUCAACUGGUGGGCAACUGGAAACCGACGAGCGACAGCAGUGCCAAACUGUUUGAAUACGUUAAUUAAUGCUCUCGGCGAGAACGGCACCUAUGGUUUUCGUUAGCAUUAUUAUACUCCCGCUUUGCCUUUUCAAUUUCAUGGAUAUUAAGAAAAUCGAAAAGACGUGAACGUUUGGAGCAUCCGACUUUUUAUAAAGUGCAUACAACACCAUAAAAAGAUACCUUAUUAUCCAGCUAUAGCAACCAGUCCGUUAUUUGAUCAAUACUGCCCUAUACAAUAAGUUCAGAGUUGAUUUACAAUUUGAAGGAUUUGAAGCACAUUUGAAGUACUUCAUUUCAAAGUGUCACAAAAUGACUGAAAUUUGUGAAAUUGAAAAUUUGGUGAAUUUGUUCAACCCUACAACAAGAGACUCUGAUUCAGGCGAAGAGGAUGAUAGAAGAAAGAAGCAAACACGCUCCAAUGAUGGGGUGAUUUGCGAUAGUUUGGAAUCAAAAAGUGGGGAAAAGAAAAAAGUUAACCCUUACAGCAAAAUAGCCACAGAUAAGAACAGAAGAGAAAUUUUAGACCCUGAAAAUGAUGAUUUGUACUUUGAUGAUGAUCUAAAAGAGGCAUCUAACAAAGAUUGGAAGAAAACUCCUCAUUGGGAUAUAACUUACAAACAGCAAGUUACUGCUACGGAUGUUUUCUUACAGAUGGGUUUCAAAAAUCCAGCAACAGCCAGUUGUGAAGAUAUGAUUAUAACUAUUGAUCUACCCGGAGAGAAUCGCCAAAAUAUGGAGCUGAAAAUAUUGAAAGGCAAAGUGAAUCUUGUUUCUCCAAGAUACUACUUAGAUCUUCAACUGCCUCACCCGGUUGACCCACAGAGAGGAAAUGCGAAAUUUGAUGCUGACAACGAGAAACUUACCGUUACUUUGAGGAUGGAUAGAGAACUUGAUUUCGUCAAUUUUUGAUUGCAUGAUUGUAUCUUUUAUUUUUUAAGAUAAGUAGAUGUUCAAUCCAAAA